AUGAGUAGUGUUACGGUUGUGGCGCUAACGCUGGCCCUCGUUUGCCUCUGGGCACGCGAGUCAAGCUGCAGCGGGGCGAUGUACGGAGCUAAGGCAGCGCCCAAGCCGCACGAUGAAUCGAAGCCUGACAAGCGAGUGGGCAUCUACCCGACUACCCCGAACGCCGGAAAGGACUGCUCUUCAAGCGAAAGUGAAGAGCACCACGCUCCAUCGGACGAUCACUACGGUCACUCGUCCCGGAAGUUCCACGAUUGUUACUACGGACACCUGCCGCUCUCGCUGUGCGUCCAGUUGCCCGCGGAUGUCCCGAUGAAGUUCUCGAAGCACGUGAUGCAACAGAUGGUGAACUCGCUCAUGAGGAAUUCCCACGUGCACCACGACGAGGUACCGUGCAAAACACCCAAGAAGCCUUCCCACGGUAAGCCCUGCCAUCAUUCGCACGAGUCGGGCGAGACGAAAGUCAACGGCGAACUGAAGAAACCAUGCCCCAAGGAUCCGUACCAGCAGCCUCCGUGCAAGGUUUGCCGCGAGACUCACGAACAUAAGCCACACGAUUAUAAGAAAUACUCUCACCCCGUCUUCGGGAAGCCAUUGGAGCACGGCAAAAAGCCUUGCGGUUGUUCCGCCGAGUCGUACGACCACCCGCCCAAGAAGGACUAUCCCGGUUACCCGGGUUCGGGAGAAUUCCAUCAGCCUAAGAAAGCGUGCGAACACAAGAAACCCUGCAGUUGUUCCGUCGAGUCAUACGAACCGCCCAAGAAGGACUAUCCCAGGUUCCCGGCGUCGGGAGAAUCUUAUCACCUGAAGAAACCUUGCGAACACAAAAAGCCCUGCAGUUGUUCGGCCGAAUCGUCGCCGCCCGUGUUCCCGGCGUCGGGAGAAUCUUAUCAUCUGAAGAAACCUUGUGAACACAAAAAACCCUGCAGUUGUUCCGCCGAGUCGUACGAACUGCCCAAAAAGGACUAUCCCGGCUUCCCGUCUUCGGGAGAAUCUUAUCACCUGAAGAAACCGUGCGAUCAUAAGAAACCCUGCAGCUGUUCGGUGGAGUCCUUUGUGUCCCCGAAGAAGCCGUACUCCUUCCCCUGCUCCCACGAGUCUGCUGGCUCCCAUGACCACCCGAAGAAACCGUACCAGCCAUACCCGAAGGAGUACUCGUCGGGUGAAAGCUACAAGCCGGACUACUCCACGCCGCAGGUAUACAACGCCCCCAAGAAGCCGUGCGGCGCCCACCCUGAACCGCCCUACUACAAGAGCACCACUCCCGCUCCUCAUCCAACAGCCUACCCUACGCCGCGCUCCACGGCUCAUCCCGUUCCGUAUCGAACGACCUGUACGGCCGGACACUACACCCCAUACACUGAACCUCCACGCUAUCCAUCCAUGUCGUACAAUUCACCCAGCUACCCUAAGCCAACGUACGAACACAAUCGCUACGACCGCAAGGACUGCGAUUCCCCAUCGACCUAUCCCAAACCACCGUACCACUUUGACCAGCAGCCGCGCCAAAAUUACUAG